AUGGCGAUAUUUUCUCUUGACGAAGACAUCGCCAGGCUCACCGUAAAUGGUAGCUGUGCGUUGAUUGACAGCGAAGAUGAUGAUUUCGAACAGGAAACAUCCAAUGACUUAUGGCAUAAGAACCUGCUUUCUGUGGGACCGCAACCGCAAGAGUCGCUUUCACGUCUGGCAAUUCCAUCCAGCUCACCUUUGGCCAUCAACAAAGAGCGGAGACGGUCGUCUGUCUACGAUAAAAUGAGCGUGGUCACACCUCCAAAUACAAGACGGCUUCCAAUGACGCAGGGCGAGACCAAAGGUACCGAAUCUAUAUGUAGCGCGACUACCCUUCAAAAACACGGCCCGCGCGUUCUUGAAGACUUUAAACCUAUCAGAGUCUUAGGUCGUGGAGCCUACGGGAAAGUACUGCUUGUUAAAGACUCGCAUACUAGUCGGUUAUUUGCCAUGAAACAGCUAAAAAAGGCGGAGAUCUUGAUCCAUGACGAAUCCUCGAUGUUCGAGUCGGAAGAAUACGCGCUUGAGAAGAAACUGGAGCGUACUUUCGCGGAAAGAACAAUUUUGUCGAAGUUGGAGCAUCCCAACAUUGUGAAACUGUUCUACACGUUUCAUGACCAUCAUCAACUAUAUCUAGUCCUGCAGUUCAUACCUGGGGGUGAGCUUUUUUAUCAUUUGAAAGAGCAAGGCGUGCUUGACGAAGAUACAGUUGCCUUCUACGCUGCCGAAAUAAGCUCUGCAAUAAAAUUUCUACAUCAGAGAGGGAUAGUCUAUCGCGAUCUUAAACCUGAAAACUGUCUUUUGGAUGAGCGAGGACAUUUGGUACUGACUGAUUUCGGACUCAGCAAGAAAAGCGCUUGCGAACCUUUUAAUAAAGAUGGUAUCGAACCGGAACAGGCAGAACCAGUGGAGACGCUGUAUUCAAUUAUCGGGACCCCUGAGUACUGUGCCCCAGAGAUUCUUGACGGUAAGCCCUACACUCAAAAUUGCGACUGGUACUCGCUUGGAUGUUUAGUUUACGAUAUGCUCACGGGCAAGCCACCGUACACGGGUCCAAAUCAUAAAGUUAUACUCAACAAGAUCAUGAAAGACACAGGACCUAGGAUCCCGACUUUCUCUAGCGAAGGGAUGAAAGAUUUCUUGGGAUCCUUACUCAAAAAAGAUGUGUCGAAGAGAUGGGAUGUUGACAGAUUGUGGGCUGUUGACGGCCCCAAGCCUAAGAAGAAAAAGGCCGGACAAGCGAAAACUACGAGUUUCCAGUCCCAUUUUAUAUUCCGCAAGAUUGACUGGACCAAACUGGAGAGCGGGGAACUUCAGAAGGCAACAAAUGGACCAAUUUUACCUAUCAUCACGGACUGGGAGCUGGCGGAGAACUUCGAUUCAGAAUUCACCAAUAUGCGGCUAGACAGUGCCAAUGGUUGCAUCGAUAUUCAAGAAUUGAAUCCCGAGCAUGCUCAAUUGUUCCAAGGGUUCAGCUACGUCGCGAGCACAAGCUACCUGGAACGCCAUUUCUAA